CUCGCGCUGACGCCCGGGGCCUCGCGCGCACCGGUCCGCCCGCAGCCUCGCCCCCUGCCCGCGCCCGCCGGCCGUGGAGCGGUCACGAUGAUGCCGCCCGCGCCCUCCCGACUCGGGUUGCUGCUGCUGCUGCUGCUGUGUCCGGCGCACGUCGGCGGACUGUGGUGGGCUGUGGGCAGCCCCUUGGUCAUGGACCCCACCAGCAUCUGCAGGAAGGCCCGGCGGCUGGCCGGGCGGCAGGCGGAGCUGUGCCAGGCUGAGCCGGAAGUGGUGGCAGAGUUAGCCCGGGGCGCCCGGCUUGGGGUGCGAGAAUGCCAGUUCCAGUUCCGCUUCCGCCGCUGGAACUGUUCCAGUCACAGCAAGGCCUUUGGGCGCAUCCUGCAGCAGGAUAUCCGAGAAACGGCCUUCGUGUUCGCGAUUACCGCGGCAGGUGCCAGUCACGCAGUCACGCAGGCCUGCUCCAUGGGUGAGCUGCUGCAGUGUGGCUGCCAGGCUCCCCGCGGGCGGACCCCGCCCCGGCCCUCCGGCCUGCCGCCUCCAGGCACCCCGGGACCCCCGAGCCCCGUGGGCCCGGCGGACGCCAGCGCUGCCUGGGAGUGGGGAGGCUGCGGCGAUGAUGUGGACUUCGGCGACGAGAAAUCGAGGCUCUUCAUGGACGCACAGCAUAAGCGAGGGCGCGGGGACAUCCGCGCACUGGUGCAGCUACACAACAAUGAGGCAGGCCGCCUGGCCGUGCGGAGCCACACGCGUACCGAGUGCAAGUGCCACGGGCUGUCGGGCUCGUGCGCCCUGCGCACCUGCUGGCAGAAGCUGCCACCGUUCCGCGAGGUAGGCGCGCGGCUGCUGGAGCGCUUCCAUGGCGCCUCGAGAGUCAUGGGCACCAACGAUGGCAAGGCCCUGUUGCCCGCCGUGCGCACACUCAAGCCACCCGGCCGCGCCGACCUCCUCUACGCCGCCGACUCGCCUGAUUUCUGCGCCCCCAACAGACGCACCGGCUCACCGGGAACGCGCGGCCGUGCCUGCAACAGCAGUGCCCCGGACCUCAGCGGCUGCGACCUGCUGUGCUGCGGCCGCGGCCACCGUCAGGAGAGCGUGCAGCUCGAGGAAAACUGCCUGUGUCGCUUCCACUGGUGCUGCGUGGUGCAGUGCCACCGCUGCCGCGUGCGCAAAGAACUCAGCCUCUGCCUCUGACCCGGACUGCGCUGGGGUCGCUUCCCUGCGCACCUGCCGCACCUCUGCGCUUGGCCAGGGGGCGCUGUCCCGGCCAAGCCGCUCCCUGACCACAAAAGAA